AUGAAAUGCUAUCUAUUCAUACCAAUUUGGGUUUGUAUUCAAACGACGUAUGCCCAAUUAUAUUUAGACGCUUUAAAGUCUAUUAUUGGGACUUUAAAUGAACCACCUGCUAUUACUGGAAUGUUAUAUUUUAUUGCGCUCUUUAAAACAUUUGCUGAAACUGGGGUUAAAAUUCGAAUUGGAAAUGAAAAAGUGUUUGAAAAAAUUAAUUUGUAUCAAUACGCCAUCUAUAUUUUAGACGUUGAAUGUAAUUUGACAUUAAACGUUUUGGAAAAUGCCGAACAUUUUAGGUUAUUCUCUCAUCCAAAUCGUUGGGUUAUUAUCUUAAAAGAGAGUAAUAAUAACGAUAAAUAUUUAGCAGAAUUAUUUGCAACAAAAUCCAUUUUACCCGACAGUGAAAUCAUGGUUUUAAUCAAAAACGAUUCAUCGCAACACCUCAAAAUAAAUAAAAUUUAUAAACCAUCUUUAAAUUCUUCAUUAAUAACAGAAUAUUUUGGGGUUUGGACUAAAACUAAUUAUAAAGUAACCCCAACAGAUUCAAUUACAGCGAUAAGAAGAAAAGAUUUAAUGGGAAUUCAAAUCAAUACUUGUUUAGUGAUAACCCAUAAUGAUACUUUAAAUCAUCUCUUAGAUAAAAGAGAUGGACACAUUGAUUCUAUAGCCAAAGUAAAUUACGUCUUUAUGCUUCAUCUUUCCAAUUGGUUAAAUGUAACAAUGAAUUAUUCAAUACAAUCCACUUGGGGUUACAAAAAUGAUAUUGGUGCGUGGAGUGGGAUGCUUGGAGAAUUAACAAGAAAAGAAGCCGAAAUCGGAGGAACACCCCUAUUCUUUACAUCCGAUCGGAUAGAAAUAAUCGAUUACAUAGCGAUGACAACACCAACUAAAUCAAAAUUCGUUUUUCGUCAACCCAAACUAUCUUACAUCACAAAUGUGUUUACUUUACCUUUUCAAACCAGAGUGUGGAUCGCUUCUAUAUUUUUAGUUAUUCUAAUUAUGCUGGAGUUGUAUUUUAUACUGAUAUGGGAAUCGCAUAAAUUGAAAUUAAUCAAAAUUGAAUCAACUGACGAUUUGGAACCUUCAUUAUCAAACGUCUCACUAUUAGCAAUUAGUGCAAUUUGCCAACAAGGUUCGUCAGUUUUACCAAAUACAACUCCUGGAAGAAUAAUAACUUUAUUUUUAUUCACAUCGUUAAUGUUUCUUUAUAAUUCGUAUUCGGCGAAUAUCGUCGCAUUGUUGCAAUCAUCUUCAACGAGCAUUCAAACUUUAGAAGAUUUAUUACAUUCAAGAUUACAAGUUGGUGUUGAUGACACAGUUUUUAAUCAUUUUUAUUUUCCGAAUGCUUCAGAACCAACUCGCAGAGAAAUUUAUAAACAAAAAGUUGCACAACCCGGACAACCAGAAAGAUAUUUUCCAAUUGAAGAGGGAGUAAGAAGAAUGAGACAAGGUUUAUUUGCUUUCCACAUGGAAACCGGUGCUGGAUAUAAAAUAGUUGGAGAGACUUUUUUGGAGGGCGAAAAAUGUGGGCUACAGGAAAUCCAAUUUUUACAAGUUCCCGAUCCUUGGUUGGCUAUUCAGAAGAAUUCUUCUUAUAAAGAAAUUCUAAAAAUUGCAUUUCGUAAAAUAUACGAAAGUGGGAUUCAAAAUAGAGAAGUUUCUUUAUUGUAUACUAAAAAACCGGUGUGUACUUCAAGAGGGAGUACUUUUGUUGAAGUUAGCAUUAUAGAUUGUUACCCAGCAGCAGCUAUUUUAGCUGGUGGUUUUAUUAUUUCCAUCAUCAUUUUAAUUUUUGAAAUAUUAAUUUAUAGAUACAAUUAA